UUUCGGGAAGCGUGUGACUCUGGUGGGGGCGGCGCUUCAGUUUUUGAUAGAAAUACAGAUUUUUCUGCUAAAGCCAGCAACAUCGUGAGUUUUGAACUAAACUCUGUCAUAAUCUGCCCCCCAAAAAUGAGCCAAUCUGACGUGAAAACGAUCACCGUCGUCGGCAGCGGGCUGAUCGGCCGCUCCUGGGCGAUGGUGUUUGUCAGCGGAGGUUACGCUGUGAAGAUCUACGACAACCAGCCGGGACAAGCUGCUAAGGCCGUCGCAGAGAUCAGGAAGCAGCUGAAUGAGUUGGAGGAAGCUCACAUGAUCAGAGGAGAGCUGACGUCCACUCAGCAGCUCGCUCUACUCAGCAGCUAUGACGACCUGGAGCAGGCACUAGAGGGCGCCUUCUUUGUCCAGGAGUGUGUGUUUGAGCAGCUUGACGUAAAGCAGGGCGUCUUCCAGGACGUAGAACGACUUGUGGGAGACGACGUCAUCCUGAGCAGCUCCACCUCCUACCUCAUGCCCAGCAGCGUCUUCUCCAAAGUCCACAACAAGAGUCGCUGCCUCAUCUCCCAUCCGGUAAACCCACCCUACUAUGUUAAACUGGUGGAGCUGGUACCUCACCCAGAGACAGCAGCGGGUGUGAUGAGCACCACCCAUGCUGUGAUGACCAAGGUCGGUCAAGCACCCGUCUGUUUGAAGAAAGAGAUCGAUGGUUUUGCCCUCAACAGAGUCCAGGCAGCCAUUAUCGCAGAGUCCUGGAGGCUGGUCCAGGACGGUGUCGUCUCAGUCAAGGACAUCGACCUGGUGAUGUCAGAGGGGUUAGGAAUGCGUUACGCCUUCAUCGGUCCCAUGGAAACGAUGCACCUCAAUGCACCUGAAGGUUUAGAGGAUUAUAUGAAGCGCUACAGCGGCGGCUUAUCCAGGGUUCUGACCUCGUUUGGACCGGUACCAGACUUCUGCGGUGAGGGAGCCAAGAAAAUCUGUAAUGAAAUGAGUGAGCUGAUUCCCAGUGACCAGAAGCAUCUGACGGCCAGGAAGGAGAGAAGAGACCAGCUGCUCAUGGGUCUGUCUAAACUGAAGAAGGACCAUGAAGACGCUUCCUAAACACUUUAACAUCACGACCCACUUUUUAUAGAAGUCACAACAACAGGGAAUUCUCAAAACAGCUGAUAUUAUUUUUCAUUAGUAAACUGAGGAUUUUAAAGGGAUUCAUUCAGUAAAAUCAAAUCAAAUGUACUUUUUUGUCUCUAGUUCUACAGAGGACAAGAAUCAUAGAAUAUAAAUAAUAGAAUCAAGAAAUAAUAAUAAUUAUAUGAUUGUAUCCUAAAAAUGAGAACCUAGUUUGAGAAAUGAACUUCAUUUUAUGCAGGUUAUUUAAAACAUAUACAUAUAAAUCUUUAU